UUUAUACAUAACAAUAGAGACAUUACUCACUGAAUUUAUCACAUCAACGACACACGUUUCCUCGUGUAAAUGCAAGUGCUACUGUCUUAACAACUUGCUUCAUCUACUUAAAAUAGUCUGUCGGUCUUUUCUGUUUCUCACAUUUUAUAGGCACAUUAAUUCUCAAAGUCCCCUGCUCGCUUGACGUCUAGGGCUUGUGGUUCUUCAGCAUCAACAUUGUCGAGGUUUAAUUUCAUUUGCUGUUUCUUAUAAUAAAGCUUGAAAUUCUUUAUGAUCCCGGCAUCUAGUGGCUGAAUGUGCGAUGUGGUGUUUGGUGGCAAAAAGUGACAUUUCACAUUAGUUGGGUCGACAGUAGCAUGGGAUGGGCGGGGUACACAACGAUGAAUAAAAACGUAAAACGAUUUCGGUCAGUGUUCUUUGAUGACCACUUACAGGUUACUCUAGAAAGUCCAAUGUUUAUUUAUCAUUUAAGACAGAUUCGAUUAGGCGUAAAAGGCAAAAUAGCGGUGAAAAUUAUAUGAAUGAAUUCCUGAAAAUCGGUGAUGACACCAGGUGUUGUGACAAAACAGUAGGCAUGCCCUGCCCUACUUGUAGCACCCACCACUCACACAAUUUGCAUAAAAAGUUGUUGCCCGAGACGACACAGAGGCACUCCUGCUAUGCGACUAGUCAACCAGUGAUACCAGCAAGUCACCGUGACAUGAUAUCUAACAUUGUUCAACUCACUCAAAUAUGACAAAGCAGUCCGCCAACCAGGUCACUGUGACUUGUUAAUCACUAUGGAAACACUGAAAGAAAAAUCUGACCUGGGAGAAGGAAAACGAAAGUACGAAUGACGUAACGACAUUUUGUGAAAAUGCAUCUGUUAUGGACAUCGCUCUCGAUGUAAAGACAAGCAUUUCGGCAAAAUGUUUAUUGUGUUUACUUUAAAGAGAGUUUUAAGAAAUUAUUGAUGCUGGAUAAUACGCAUAGGAAAGUAUAACAACACGGAUAUAACUAUACACGUUCUAAAAUCCUUCAUACGUAUUAAUACAUCUGGGCCUGGAGCGGUAGCUCUGGGAAGAUGUGCCCAGAUAGGUACCUGUUUGGGUUUAUGGGGUAAAGUGUUUUACAUCCUAUAGUUGAAUUUUAAGUUAAUACAAGAAAUAAAUUAAAUUUGAUUAGAAAUGUAUGCCAUGUCAACCUUAUGAAGAAUCUAUGGGAUGUCAUUCUGAUGUAUCAUCGAUGUGUGACGUCCCGAACAUGAAUGACGUCAUGUUUGAUUUUAAACACUCUUCAUAAUGCUUCAGAUGACAAAUCAGCGUUUUAAAUCUUUCAAAUAUCGCAAACUUAUUACACUCAUGUUUUUCAACUUUUUUAGUGAUACUACAUACCACUAGCAUUCUGCUUUGUGUUGACGAUUUUCCAAGUAGUUGUAAUGUAAGCUUUAUAUCAUAUUAUUUUCAUUACGUAUUAAAUGUGUGGGCGUAUUUGUGUUUAUUAGAAGUGAGACCUGGUUCGCGCAGAGCUUAAUAUAGUUGAACUUUUAAAAGCUCUGGUUUGCUGCCGUCUUGUAUGUGUUUACCUGAGUGACAAAUAGUAUACAUUAGGAAUUUUAAAUUAUUGCUUUUAUUGGUACUCACAGUUUGUUAACGUUAGUUACUGUAUAUUUUGAGAAGGUAUUAAUUUACUUUUGAUAACACAAAACAUAACAACAAGAAGAGGUACAUUAAAUCAAAGUUGUUAAGGGACAGGAUCUCCUUCAUGAUCAGAACCGUUCAAUGUCGGCAUUUUCGAGCGACAGGAGUGGAUUUUUCAAUGAUUUACAUACGUUUCGGCCCACACUAACGAUAGGCUGGAUUUAAGGUUGUACACAGAGGCAUAAUACCAUAUAUGGGACAAUAAUGGGAUCUACGACCUUUGAAUGGGUGCAUGUGGUGUUGGACCUACUUGUUAGUGUUAAGUAUGGUCGGCCAAAUGAAUUAUAGACAAGUUUUGAUCGACCAAUAGCUGUUGGAAAACCUAAUUUAAAGCGAGGGCGUUCUAUUUAUAAUGCCACAGUGAUCGACCUGUACUUGUUGAGGACAACGUGUGGCAAACACUUUAUCCGAUUUAGCCAGUUAAAAGGUACGCUGAAAGUUCACAGUUCACAUACACGCCCAUCACACGAUUCAUAUCCCACCGUUGAUUGGUUAGUGUGUGGACAUUGACUUGUAUGUGAAAUCUAUACCUGACGCCAACUCACGAUGUCGACUGACGUGGAUCUCUUACCCCGAACUGCGUUAUCUGUUUGCGACACAUUUCAGCUGUGCUCGCCUAAGAGGAUAAAUCCCGUAGUCAUGAAAUGUAGUCAUCGUACAGUGUUUUCCAUUGGGUGUUUCUGACUAAUAUACAGAAUAUGUUUACAUUUUAACAUAUCAACAGUGUGCCCUUGAACAUAACAUGUUGACCUUCCUCAAUGUCGUUUCUAAGAGAUUGCCAGAUGCUAUCAUUACAAACUCUUGAAAGUGGUUUGUCUAGAGACGAAUUCCGAGAACAUACCAAUGUGUCACACCCGGAUGUGGCGUAACGAAACAUACCCGGAGACCAGGAAGGAUACCGCAGCCGCGUUGCACACGGGGAUCGAUACGGCUCAGUGGAUUCUUCCUCCAAGCUCAACAAACAAGGAAGAAUGGUGUUCUCUGUUCCGCCAAGAGAUCAUUGUCCAGCGUUCGUGCCAUCUGGAGCGUAUCCCAGUCGAGCAAUGACCCGGAAAUUGAAGAAAGAAACUUUAUCCUUAAAACACAAGUACAACACGGAUAACGCGAAAGAUAUUUCUUACAACUGUAGCUUUGUCCCAAACAUACCAGCAAAAAUAGACAUAUCUUAUCUUGUCCACUGUAUGGAGAAAAAGGGGGAUAAAUUGGAUGCAUGUCACGUUGAAAAUACUUGCAGUACAGUUGUACAUUCAACCGCAAAGCCUAGUUUUUCUAUUACAAAAAAUGCAUAUCUUUAUAGAGGCAAUGAUGUUUUAGUGAAAUAUAUGAGAUCCUUAUCACAGGACAGAGAGGAAGUAAAACCAACAGAGUCCACUGAAAUUGAACGUAUCUUGAAAGGAAUAGUAAAGAAUUCUUCCGAUCAUAGUUCAAGAAACAACUUUAUGAACAACAUUAUUGUUUCACCUUUUUUAUCACUUCAAACAUACUUUGAGGGCAUUGUUAGAGGGGAAGCUCUGCAAGACGAUGAUAUGAGAUAUGAAGCCUUGCGCCUGAAAUCAUUUCAAGGAAUCAGCGUUUCUGUCUCCUGCCUCCGCCUUGCAUCAUCAGGGUUCUUCGCUACUGGGUUAGGUGAUGAGGCAAGAUGCUUUAGCUGCGAUAUGAGGUAUAAACAUUGGCUAGCAACUGACGACCCGAGACACAUACACAGACGGAUCUCCCCUGCCUGUAGACACAUCAAUGGGAGUGACAGCAGAAGCGUACCCAUAUCUAUUACUGCUGGCUCAGACAGGGUAUCGAUAUCCGCAUCAGUGGCCACAGCAACUCCUGGCGGGGACCAGACCUUGAACAAUCAUCAAGACCUGAACACAGAGAACAUAGGUACUUCGUCAACAGAACAUGCAUCUCAAGAAGAGAAUGGAGUCUACGACCAGGUCAGGGCUGCAGGCAUCCAGCAAGUAAACUGCAGUUCCAGGGAAGCAGAUAUAAUUCCAUCAAGUCAACACAUCUUUUGUCCGGAACAGUGUGCCCCUUCACAGCUGACAGAGGUGGAAGUAGCUUCAGGAAAUGCAGGACCUGCAUCUUCAACUCUUACAUUUGCCACCGCUGUCUACCCCCACUAUGAUGAUAGGGUAAAACGACUAAGCACCUUCAAGACCUGGCCGUCCAAUCACUGCAAGAAACCGGAAGUGCUUGUUCAAGUAGGCUUCUUCUUCGCAGGUUACUCUGACUGUGUGCGCUGUUUUGUCUGCGGUGUUGGUCUGAAGACCUGGGAGGAGGGGGAUGACCCCUGGGUGGAGCACGUGCGCUGGAGGUCAUCUUGUGCUUACAUACUAGCAUUCAGGGGAGAACAGUUUGUCCUCCAGACUCUGGGAUCACUGGGACAGAAGACAAAUACAACAGAUAUCAUUUCAAUGGAUGUCUGUCAGCGUGCACUGGGCAUGGGAUACAGCGAGGACACAGUUACCAGGGCAUUUCACCAGGUCAAAGCUACUCAUGAAGGGGGCAGAUUUCCUGAUCUUGCCGCACUGCUGGAGGUUUUGUUGAAGCAGCAAAGUGAGUCAGAAGGACUCACGGUCGACGCCGAUGCCAGUGCAAGAGGAACAAGGUAUGCCGAAGCCAAUUCUGGAGGAUCAAGAACUGCCAACUCAAGUUCAGAAGAAUCAAAAUCUUCUGCGAGUUGGAACAGACAGACUGAUAGAAUCAGGUGUUAUGGCGAAACUGGAGUAGCAGAGAAACGAGCCAGAGUCAAAGAGGAGACACAGCAACUGAAAGAGUCGAGCAUGUGUAAGAUCUGUCUGGAGGACCCUGCUAAUAUCGUCUUCCUCCCCUGUGGACAUCUGGUGGCAUGUGCCGUGUGUACACCAGCUCUAGAACGUUGCCCAGUCUGCAGGAUCCACAUUCGGGGAUCUGUUCGCGUCCAUUUGUCGGACAUGGCAUCACUAGCAUAAUAAUAUUGCCGUCUUAAGGCUGCACAUUGAUGUUCUUUAGUUAUCAGGAGGAUAGAUAUUCCAACUGAUCUUUAACUGGAUAAUUGAUAAAUUAUUGGAUUACUCUAAAUGGAAUGAAAAAGAGCUUAGUUUAGGUUUUAAUUUUUCAUUAUCUUGUGGUCCUUUUGUAAGAUGGACCAGAUGUGUGUUAACAUAGCAUUCGGAUAUCCCUGUAUAUAAUGUAGUAUGUUGGUGAUACCCAGAGUACACUCAGGUAGAACCGUUUAUACCAAUGAAGUUCUUUGUUAAAGCGAGUGGCGCUGUUAUGUUGUGUUUUAGGUAUCCCAAACAAAGCUUAAUAUGAACCCCUCUUUGUCAUAGACCCGUAAGUUGGUUUUCGGAUUGCUGUGGGUUUGAAAUAGGGUAAUGGGCUUCUCCAAUUGUAAGGUAAUGUGGAUACGUCUUUUGACAGUUAUGAAUAUGUUUACGCACAAUAUUUAAAUUAUGGACAAAAGACAAUUUUAUCUUCUUUACUACUUCAGCUAUUUCCCGCUGUGUGUUGCGAGUGAGGAACUGAGUAUGGUUUCACACCUCUUUUAGCAAUUUCCAGCAACAUCACGACCGGGGAGACCAGAAAUGGGCUUCACAUAUUGUAUUAUGUGGGCAAUCGACCCCUGGCCUGCAGCACGACGAGCGAACACUUUAAACAUAAGGCUACCUUAUCGCCCCUGUGUGCUGAUGACCGCCUCCGUGGUCUAGUGGUAGAGCGCCCGGAGAGCGGAAGGUUCGGGGUUCGAUCCCCGGCCGCGUCUUAACAAAAGACGUUAAAAGAUGAUACUUGUUGUUACCCUGCCUGGCGCUCGGCAUUAAGAGGCUAAAACAAGGACUGGUCGGCUUGGAGUCAGUAUACUGUGUCUGAGUGGGGAUUUCAUGUUAAACUGUGGCAUGGUAUCUCAGUGGGCUAGCGCUAUAAAUCGGCAUCAGUCCGGACGAGUACAAACAGCUACACACACACACUAUGCAAAUCGCUAUAAGUGCAGUAAUGUUGGACGCGACGUUAUACCCCAUUUCACCUCACCUCACCUGUGUGCUGAGAUACUAAGAUGCACUAUGAUCAGCACUGUUCAAUAGUUACUGGUUUGUUCAGGCGGUUCCUAACUGACUCAUAUUGGCAUUAUCCUAUUACUAGACAUAUUAGACAUUGGACUAAUAAAA